CCUGAAACUGUGACGUAGCCGGAAGUGAAGUUGUAAACACUCCUGUGCGGACAUAAGCAACAUAAUCGCCCCCGUUCUCGUCGAAAGCAACAUUUAAGGAGACGCAUUUACGACUGAACACCGUGAAAAGACCACAGAAAGGACUGCAUCUGAACAUGUCGAGGAAACACACGGCCAAGCCCACGCGGGGCAACAAGAAGAAUCAACUAGAGCGAAAGCGGGAUGAACGGGCGGAACGAAGAGCCAUGGCCAAGGACCGCAAGAACCGGCCUCAAGAUGCCGACGAUGGGGCCGAAUUUGUCAACUUCUCCAAUCAGCUGCAGGCGCUGGGGCUGAAGCUGAGGGAAGUCCCUGGUGAUGGGAACUGCCUGUUCAGAGCUCUUGGAGACCAACUUGAGGGACACUCCAGAUCUCACCUGCAGCUCCGUCAGGAGACAGUCCAGUACAUGAUGUCCCACCGACAAGACUUUGAGCCCUUCGUGGAAGACGACAUGCCCUUCGCGCAGCACUUGUCCAACCUCGCGCAGCCUGGAACCUUUGCAGGCAAUGACGCCAUCGUGGCGUUUGGCCGCAGCCAGCAGGUGAAGGUGGUCAUCCAUCAGCUUAACACACCACUUUGGGAGAUAAACGGCACCGAUAAACCGGUGUGCAGAGAGCUACACAUUGCCUACCGUUACGGGGAUCAUUACGACAGCGUGAGGCACAUCGACGACAACUCCCAGAGCCCAGUUCAGCUGCGCAUUCAGAAUCUGCAGAACUCACACGGCCAGCAACGGGAGUUCGGGGAUGGCCGGAGGGAGCGACAAGAAAAAGCCUCGCCGGCAGUGUCAGAGGACGACAACGUGAUCCUCAGCUCCAUCAGGAACAGAAGGAUGCGAGGCGACGAUGAGAACCUUCUCCAGCUGAGCGCAGCCACCAUUAACGCCGAGUGGCUCGCAAGUUCGACGCCGGAAUCGUCCUGCCAGGGUGACUGCGGGCUGGAGUCCUGCUCGGCCUGCGCGGAUGAAAGGUCACACAGCAGUCAACACACAGUGGCAGCAGACACAAACAAACCCAAGGUGUGCACCAAGCAGAGGAAGGAGCAGCAGCGACAAGAGAAGAAGAAACGUCAAGAGGAGCGCCAUCGACUUAAAGUCCUGCACGGGAGAGAAGACCAGAACCAGAAGGUACCAGAAUCUGUGACUUUAGUGCCGGCUCUGAACACUCUCAGUAUCUAGAGGAGGAGCAAACACUUUCUGGCCGCUGGUGGCUGAAGUUUGACACAAAGUUUUGCACAAAGUCGCACUUUGUGACUUUCCCACAAACAUUGAAAGUGCCUGCACAAAACUCUUCUUCUUCUUCUGUUUUUUUGUGCGUUUCAAUGUGGUCACAUGACCCCGCCCCUUCCUGUGCUGGACAUGGAGAUUUGUCUUCCUUUCGUUUUCGCACACCGCCCAGCAAGUUUGUUUUUAUUUGCUUUUUCAAAUGGUCCGAUCCUUUAUUUUUUGUUGCAUCUGACCAAAGAGGGGAAGUAAGGUAUUCUGGGUAAAAUGAUGUUGCAAUAAAUGUACUCGGCAUAUUAUAUCUUUUCUA